GAAGUGUAAAAGUGUUGUGAUUGAACAAACACCAAGUGCACAUGGAUAGCGUCAAGACCUUACAAACUUGAAAAAGCAACUGAGUAACGUUCCCUUCAUGGACACAGCAUUGCUGUUGGAGACGCAGGAGAGAGAGGCAGAGUCCUCUCAGGCGUUGAGUGACCACACAUCAGCCACCCAGCUGCUGAGGCUGCAAGUGGAAGACCUGCAGAAGAGACUGCAGGAGAAAGACCACAAACUCUCAGAGGCACAACAGAUUAUCAGAGGGUUACAAGACGAGAUUUUGGCUCUUCAGAGGCAGCUGGAGGUUGAGAGAAGGAAGUCCCAGGAUGCAGAACAGCAAGCCAGGAAACCACACAAGGUCCAACGCAACAGAGUUUAUAAGGUCAGUCAGCCCAGUUCCCCUUCCUCAAAGAACCAACACAAUGCCCUCUCAGAUUCUCUCCACAACGAUGCAGCAUCAGCACAGAGAAGGCUUUCGUUGAGGUCAUCAGUUAGACUGGAGGACUGGGGACCCAAACUCAACCCAGAUGGAGUGCUUUUGAUUCCACCAGUGGAGCAUGAGGAUGAGGAUGAUGAGGAGGAUGACACCAAUGAUGAUGACGAUGAUUACAUCCCUGAUGAAGUUAAUGACACUGAUGACAUCAAUGACAAUAAUGAUUACACCACCGACUGUCAGAGGACACAGAAAAGACCACUGCUAGCUGCUGGACAACCAAAGUACAAAGAGAAACACAAAGAAGCACAAGCACAAAGCACAAAGAGGACAUCCAUAGAAGCCCGAGCUCGUGAAUGCAGCACAUGUGGGAAACAGUUUGCAAAACCAUAUCUCCUUCGCAGGCAUGAAAAGGUCUUGCUGUUGGAGGCGCAGGAGAGAGAGGCAGAGUCCUCUCAGACGUUGAGUGACCACACAUCAGCCACCCAGCUGUUGAGGCUGCAAGUGGAAGACCUGCAGAAGAGACUGCAGGAGAAAGACCACAAACUCUCAGAGGCACAACAGGUUAUCAGAGGUUUACGAGAUGAGAUCCUGGUUCUCCAGAGGCAGCUGGAGGUUGAGGGAAGGAAGUCCCAGGAUGCAGUGCAACAGCAUGCCAGGAAACCACACAAGGUUCAAUUUAAAAGAAUUUAUAAGAUCAGUCAGCCCAGUUCCACUUCCUCAGAGCACGUCCACACUGACUUCUCAGAUUCCCUCCACAAUGAUGCAACAUCAUCACAGAGAAGGCUUUCGUUGAGGUCGUCAGUUAGACUGGAGGACUGGGGACCCAAACUCAACCCAGAUGGAGUGUUUUUGUUUCCACCAGCGGAGCAUGAUGACGAUGAUGACGAUGACGAUGGUGACAUCAACAAUGAUAAUGAUUACAUACCUGAUGAAGCUGAUGACAUCAACAAUGAUAAUGAUUACAUCCCUGAUGAAGCUGAUGACAUCAUUGACAUCAAUGAUGAUGAUGAUUACAUCCCUGAUGAAGUAAAUGACGCUGAUGACAUCAAUGAUGAUAAUGAUUACACCUCCGACUGUCAGAGGACAGAGAAAAGGCCACGGCUAGCUGAUAGACUACCGAAGUCCAAUGAAAAGCACAAGGAGCCACAAGCACAAAGCACAAAAAGGAAAUUCAAAAGAGUUCAUGAAUGCAGCACGUGUGGGAAACGGUUUGCAAAACCAUGUCUCGUCCGCAAGCAUGAACUUACACAUACUAAUGAAAAACCAUAUCCUUGCGGACUUUGUGGAAAGUCCUUCAGUCAGGAACAUUAUGUUACGAUACACUUUAAGAGGUGCCAUGACGAUGAACAGAGACGUGUCGUAAAAGAGAAGCAACAUCAAUGUCAGGAAUGCGGGAAAAUGUUUUCCUCAAGUUGCAACCUGAAAGUUCAUCAGCAGGUGCACACUGGAGAAAGGCCAAACUUUCCAUGUACACUCUGCGACAAGACAUAUUCCAGUCUUAGUAACCUGCGAAACCAUGAAAACGUCCACGCUGGCUUUAGACCCUUCAUGUGUUCUGAUUGCGGGAAGGGGUUUUUGUCAUCUGCGUGUCUAACGUUACAUAUGCGCAAGCAUACAGGUGAGAGACCAUAUAAGUGCUCUCAGUGUCCUAAGGCAUACGCUUGCGCAAGCAGGCUGAAAACACACCUCCAGAUCCACACCGGUGAAAAGUCAUUCGCCUGUCCAGACUGUGGCCUGACCUUCCUUAGGGCCUCAUGCCUCAACAGGCACAAGAUCACGCACACUGGGGUCAGGCCUCAUCUCUGCACAAUUUGUGGCCUGACUUUUGGGAGGGCCUCACACCUCAGCAGGCAUGCAAUUACGCACACUGGGGUGAGACCUCAUCUCUGCCCAAUUUGUGGAAAGACCUUCGGUCAAUCUGGCGUCCUCAAAACACACCUGCGUGUUCACACCGGCGAGAAACCGCACCGUUGCACCAUCUGUGGGGAGAGAUUCAGGUACGUACAGAUGCUCCAGACCCACCAGAAACGAGAGCAUUCUGGUGAAGAGAACGAGAAGAAUAGAGACCCGGAGCACAAGAACACAACAGCAGAAACCUGAACAACCUCAAACGCCAGACAUUUCAAAUAAA